AUGGGCAAACCGUAAAGAUGGUGUUAUUGUGUUUAAAAAGCCAAAUAUAUUCCCUGCCGUAUCUCUUUUAAUUCUUCAAUAUAUCUAUACUGGAGUUCUUGACCUAACCAAUCAAUCAGGUUUUAUUAUUCUUGCACUUCUUGUCGCAUCCGACGAGUUAUUUCUUAAUAAAUUGGUUGAUUAUGUCCAAAAGCAUCUCAUUAAUGAAGAAUCAUCCUGGUUGAAAAACAUUCCGUUGUCGCUUUGCACACAGUUUUUAAGCUCCAAAGAAUUUUCAGCUCUAGACAAAGAUAUUUUUUUGAAACUUGUCAUGAGAGAUGAUUUGGAUAUUGAAGAAAUUGAUACUUGGAAAUAUUUAAUAAAAUGGGGAACGGCUCAAUCUGCUCCUAAAGGAAAGUCUAAGGCGGAUGUUGCCAAUUGGGGAGAUAAUGAUUUUGCAUCAUUCAAAAGGUUUUUAGACCCGUUCAUACCACACAUUCGAUUUCAUGAAAUAUCUCGGGAUGAUUUUUAUUUUCAUGUUAGACCUUAUAAAAAAGCGAUACCAGAAAAUCUUUAUGAAGAUUUGGUGGCUUAUCUUAUGGCCAAUGUAAAUCCCAAAGUUUCAAAAUUACCUUCACGUUGUGGAUCUAUUAAUAUCGAUUCUGUUAUAAUUGAAAGAGACAAGGCUGCGGCCAUUAUUAAUUGGAUUGAAAAAAGAGCAAUCUUUGCUAGAAAACCUUUAUAUCAAUUUAGACUUACUUAUCGAGCAACACGCGACGGAUUUGAUUACAAUAAAUUUAUGGCUAAUAAUUGCAGCGGCGCAAUUCUUGGGUUAAUUAAGGUCUCCGAUUCAGAAAGAAUAAUUGGUGGAUAUAACCCUCUAGGUUUGAGAAAUAAUGCUUAUAACUAUAAUAGAGGUUAUUACGGCAGUGCGCGAUGGGAAGCGACUAAUGACAGCUUUAUUUUUUGUUUUGAAAAUGUGAACGGUUCUGAUACUCAUAUACUUAGCCGUGUGAGAAAUUCUGCGGCAGCAAUUUAUAGUUAUGAUGCAAAUUGGUUGAAUUUUGGGAAUUCUGAUUUAAUAUUAAAUGGUCAGAAUGGAUCUUGUACACAAAGUCAAUAUGAGAAAAAGAUCUCAAAUGUCAGAUCAAAUGGUUUGUUUACAAAAAUUUCUGGAGUCAUAAAUGGUACUACAUCAAAUGGUUUACAUGUAGUAGAAUUUCAUGACCAUAGAAACGUGAUAGUCCAAAGCUAG